AUCAUUGUCUCAUUGGAUGGACGGUGUUGCUCCUUCGCAUUGAGGUCUUGGCAGAAUCGUGCAAGCGUAGUGAUGUGCAGGUUGCAAGGGUGUAGGAGUGGAGGACCCGUGACGCAACGAGAGCUCCGGCAGCGAACCGACCGUAGGCACCGCGGCUAGCUAGUUUCUGCCUGAGCGAGGCGGAGGCAACAGAGGUGGCGUCGCGAAGAUUUUGAGCUAGAGGAGUGGUGUUCGACAGGCGUGGUUCCGAGCUUCGGCAUCUGGAAGCCGGGUGUUUGCAGAUUAGAGCGCCGGUGGUGAGAUCCAGCUGACCCAACAGGCGGUGAUGCAAAACGACUUGCCCGUGCAUACCGGCGGUUCUGCAAGAACUUUGCAAAUUUGUGGGCGCUGGAAGCUACGAUUGCAAGUGAAAAGGGUUCCGUCACGGUACUUCAUUCUCCAACCUAAUAUUAAGAUGCGCAUGUUAGAUUGACAGAAAUGAUGCGUGAGGCUCAGAGGGCGUUGAAACGGCCAUUGAAGGAAGACGGUUUCACCGGCCCCAAUUAUGGAUGUGUGAAAGUUGCCAUGGAAGAAUCUGCACUGCUUUCACGAAAGCCUGACGCUGAUGGAUUUGCUGAGAUGUCAGAAUUGCUGAGUAUGUUCGGAUUGCACUUGUGCGUACAGGUAUCGAAGGUGAAGAUUAACAGUGUGAAACUGAGGGUUGAGCGCAGAUUUACCAAUUUCGUCAAACACGCCAGAGAUGGUCCGGAAGCCGUGAUCUUCAAACCAGCGGUAGCUGUCCAGUAGUUUAGGUUUGUCGUCAUUAUUGUGUUGCUGGGUUCUUCCGCCAUUUUUAUAGUGUCCGCUGGAAGAUUCUCUGCGUAAGAGGCCCUGCAGCAUAUCCAAGGGAACUCGGAGAUAUACCAGCUACGGAAAGUGCCCGGCAUUGGAUCCUGGUAAUGCCAGUGAGCACUUUCCUCUCCAUUCACCCAAGUGCAACACUUCCAGAUCUUUAGAGGUGGGUUUGUAGGGAAGUGUAUGAGUUAGGUUGAUGUCCUGGCUGUAGAUCAUAUUAGUGCUUGUUGCGAUCUUGUGAGGGUUAAUUUUACGCAGUAAGUUGUGACCAUGGGCUCCACCGAGAUCAUCAAUAAGACCAGCCAGUCAGUGACUCUCAAGGUUGGCAACAACUCCGUGUUUACGGAUUUGAGCGUGUUGAGGCCGGGCGAUUCAUACAAAGUUUACGUUGAUCCAAAUGCCACGUACCAAGAGUAUUAUAUGGGCAAGGACCGCACCGGCGGAGUACUAUUAAUAAGCUCCGAUGACUGUAUUGACAACAAGUCUAUCACGAUCGUGGAAGAGGCAAACGGCAGCUACACUCUUCAGAAGCAGUCCAGGGCAUCGAAUGCUAAUAGAAGUGGUUCACCAGCGGUGUCAGCUGCUGACUCCAACAGCAGUAGGUCAGUCGGCAAGUCUUCCAGAUUGUCGGGUCUCUUCAAAAUUUUUAGUUUCAGGCAGUAACAAUAUUGUGUGUGGGAACGGAUUGCCGAAUGCCUCGACGUUGCUCAGGUUGCGGGGUAGCUCUGCAAUCACUUACAAGGUCUGGGUUCCCCGCGCUUGACGGUAUCCUCUACCUAGUUUGUUCCCGGUAACAUGCUGUGCAGUUUGUCAUUACAUUCACCGCAGUUAGAAAUAAAAGUUAUAAACUCAAAAAGCAUUAAACUAA